AUGCCUUCCCUGUGGAAACGGAUCACAUUCUCGGUGGCCUCGGUGCUCUGUGUCGGCUCCGCGGUCCUCUUGGUCGUGGCCCUGGCCACGGAGCGCUGGGUCACCGGGCACAUCCUAUGCAAAACCGGGGCGGAGAUAGUGAACGCGUCCCACCCGGAGAUGGAGCAGUUCAUCGGGGACAUUUAUUACGGCUUGUUCCAGGGAGGGAAGAGCAAGAGGUGUGGGCUCGGGAAGAGGCGCUCCAAAAUAUUCAUUUUCCCAAAGCUCGUGCGGACAUUGAACAGUGGCCUUCAUAUGAUGGUGAUCCUCUUCUUGCUGGUGGCCAUUGGCUUUGCUCUCGUCAGUCUGUCUUUCUGUAUUUACAAUGCACGUAGGGUUCCCUACCAGAGUAUCAAGGGCCACAAAGGACUCUAUCUGUGGAACCUAAUUGCUGCUCUUUUUGGUGCUCUGGGUGUUUUGUGUUUCCUGGCAGCCAUGAGACACCACAGUCUGACUGAGCGGGUAGCAAACUACCAAGAGAACCUCUUCGUCCUCGUUGUCCUGGACGACAAACUGGACUGGUCCUUCUGGCUGGGUGUGGGCAGCGUUGGGACUCACUUUGCUGUCUGUGGCGUCGUUGCAAUGAGUCGCAUCAAGCUGCCCAAACCAGAGAUCAAGAAACCUGAAGAGCCCACCAUCUCUGCUCUGGACCUGCUUUACUGAGGGACCAGACAAGGAGCAUCAUGUUAGCACGUCUGUCAUUUAUGAUUGGCCUCUGGUCACUGACACAUAGCAGUGUCCAACUGACAUUAUAAACCAUGAAUAAAAGGUAAUUAUACUGUA